CGUGUGUGUGUGUAAGUUCCUAGCUAUUUAUAUGCGAGAGCUUCUGUGCUUCUCUUUGCAUGCAGUACUUGAGUCUUCUAAUUCUUAAUUUUCCCCUGCCUACUCACCAGUUAAUAUGGCCGGUGCGCACCUCGUGCUCUUCAUCGGGUGCGCCAUAGUCCUCCUUGCAACGUCUACUGCCUCUGCUGCUACCGUUGAACGCUCUUUUCAUGUGCAAAACCUUACUGUGUGGCGAUUGUGCCGUCCACAAGUGAUCACAGCAGUGAACGGAAGCCUCCCGGGCCCGACAAUUUAUGCCAGAGAAGGAGACACACUCAUUAUUCAUGUCUUCAAUAAAUCACCCUACAAUCUCACCAUUCACUGGCAUGGAAUUUUUCAACGAUUGACUGCAUGGGCAGAUGGACCAAGUUACAUAACGCAAUGUCCUAUACUCCCAGGAAACAGCUAUACGUAUAGAUUCACAAUCACGGGACAGGAAGGAACUCUUUGGUGGCACGCUCAUUUGUUAUGGCUUCGUGCAACUGUCUACGGAGCGCUCAUCAUUCGCCCGAAGUGGGGUCAUACUUAUCCAUUCCCGAAACCAUACAAAGAGGUUCUUCUUCUGCUUGGGGAGUGGUGGAAUUCUAAUGUCAUGGAUGUAGAGAAUGAGUCGCUGCAACUCGGUAUUACUCCUAACAAUUCGGAUGCUUAUACAAUCAAUGGAAAACCCGGUGAACUCUACCCUUGCUCCAAAAAGCAAACAUACAAGUUGAAGGUGGCGCCAGGAAAGAUAUAUUUACUGCGUUUGAUCAACGCUGCACUCAAUAACCAGCUCUUUUUUGAGAUAGCCGGUCAUGUGUUGAAGGUCGUUGCCGUCGAUGCCGCAUAUACGGAUCCCUAUGUCACUGAUAUCAUCGUCCUUGCUCCGGGGCAGACUGCGGACGUCCUCCUUACUGCUGAGCAGUGGCCAGGAGCCUACUACAUGGCAGGGCGUCCCUACUUCAAUGCCGAAAAUGCCGGUCCUUUUGAUAACACCACCACGACUGGAAUCCUCGUCUAUGAGGGUUCUGCAUCUGCAUUGAUUCCCAAAAUGCCCCUUCUCCCGGCUUUUAACGACACACCAACGGCCCACAAGUUCUCCAGCGGCCUCACUAGCCUCGUAGGUGCACGACAUUGGGUACCAGUUCCAUGCAAGGUCGAUGAGCAGAUGUUCAUAACCAUUGGACUGGGCUUGUCACCCUGCGGAGGGAACGCCACCUGCCAGGGCCCAAACGGGCUCCGUUUCUCUGCAAGCAUGAACAAUGCGUCCUUUCAGCUGCCCACGAGUCUAUCCCUGCUGGAAGCUUUCUUCUACGAUGUUAAGGGGAUCUACACUGCAGACUUCCCCGACGUGCCUCCCUUGGUGUUCGACUACACAAACCGCAGCCUCAGUCAAAGCCCGCUUGGAUUCACGCUGAAGGGUACGAGGGUUAAGAAAUUCAAGUACAACGCGACCGUGGAGAUCGUGCUCCAGAACACAGCCUUCGUGGGCGUGGAGAAUCACCCCAUGCACCUGCAUGGCAACAACUUCCAUGUGCUCGCCCAGGGCUUCGGUAACUUUGAUGCAAUCAACGACCGGAAGAAGUUCAACCUCAUCAACCCGGUGAUUCGCAACACGAUAGGGGUGCCCGUGGGAGGAUGGGCUGUAAUCAGAUUCCAAGCAAAUAAUCCAGGUGCAUGGCUGUUUCACUGCCACUUUGAUGUCCACCUGCCGUGGGGGCUGGCUACCGUCUUCUUGGUGGAGAACUGCCCGAUUCUGUCAUCUACACUGCCACCGCCGCCGGCUGACUUUCCAAAAUGUUAGGAGAGUAUUCCUCAUCAAAAAGGAUCCCCAACACCUCAUCCAUGCCAUACGUUUCAUUGAGUAGCCAGGACUAUAUUGUAUGUACUUCCUUGUCGUCCUCGUUUCCAGUUUGAUACGAAUAACAAUAACUCACACCAUUAUUUCUUUUGACUACAAGUACAUGUAUGCGAGUGAAAAUUGUAAUAAAUAAAUAAAUAUAUAUAUAUAUAUAUGCGAGACAUAUGUAAUAUAAGAUGUCUUUUCUCUUC